AUGAACACAAGCCGUAAUUUGGAGUCGAGUCUGACAAGCCGGCUUGGUCUGGGGGACAAGAAAAGGGGUGCUCAGUUUUACCGCAAGUACUGCGGGCUAUGUUAUGUCAUAUUGUGCAAGAGGUUCGAGUACGUCUUCACACACUUGCAUGACCCAGAGUUCCCGUCUCUGGCGAAUCUACAGAAGCAGUACGGUGGGUUGAAAUCCCUCGAGGACGGGCCGGACUGGGCGUGGUGCAAGCGGUGUUAUGAGGAAUUGAAUGAAGCGGAUUUUGAUGAGGUGUCUCAAGACUCGGCAACAAACGUAGCCGGGUCGGAGCAGAGCAGCGCUGCCAGCAACGGGGACCCGGAGGAGGUUGUUGCAGCCGAUGGUCGUGGAGACCGACAUGGAGAUGAUCAACAUGGAGAUGAUCAACAUGGAGAUGAACGAAACAGACGUGAAGACAGCGACGAGAAAGCAAUGGCAGCGACGUACAUGGUGCCUAUGUUCACAUGGGACCAGAACCCAGUAUUGGCAGGCAUGUUUGACUGCCACGAGUUAUUUUGUAGACGUCCGGCUUCAUUGGAGGCGUUUCGCUUGGCGCUGUAUUAUAAAGGUAUUGAGGCACGUGUGCGACUAUGGCACAAAUGCAACUACCACCGGCGAUUGGCCCUGGCACGAUGGAGCCGGCUGAGCGAGACGGAGCGAAUUAGGGAGGUGGAAAAGCAUACAGGUUUGCUACGAGUGUUGGAACCGGAACUUCCGAUAGAAUUGCGAUCCGCUAAGGAACCGCUCCUGCCCCGAGAGUCGCUCCAUGAGUACCUAUUCUCUGUUGACUAUGACCUACAUAAAACGUGCGAUAUUCACCGUGCAGGCUUCCUCGUCAUGGGCACUAUGACCAGUACCGCCUGUCUCGGCGACUUCUACCAGGCGCCUCGGCUCGCCCUCCUCGCCUACAAGUUCCACGUUAACCGCUGCGUUGUCGUCCUCCAACCCGAAGUCUUCCACCGCCAUAAUGUCCUCCCCAUGGCCCGGGUAUGUGGCGAGGAAGCCACUGACUACGCGUCCCUCAGUCGCGAAGAAUACCCUUGGCCGCGUCUGCCUUCAGUUCGGCGAGUAGACCUGAAGCGAUGCCGCGCAGGUAAAUACGUGUUCAAGUUGAAUUCGGACUACCGGCAGUGCAUCGAACGAUGCUACAUGUCGCACCAGCCGUCCUGGAUACAUGAGGGCGUUUACCAACUGUUCAGCUACUGGCACCUACUUUCACACCCGUCCAGACGGCAGGCCGGAUCGACAGACCGAGUGCAAAUGAUCAGUGUCGAAGUCUGGAAGGAAACAAGCGGGGAUGCCCCAUCCGGGGAUGUCCUCGUCACCUCGUCGGGUGAAGAAAUGGUCGCAGGCGAAAUAGGAGUUCUUUCGGGUCGGUCGUAUACGAGUUUAACGGGGUUCACGAGAGUGAAAAACACGGGCAAGAUUCAGUUGCUGGCUCUGCAUGCUUUUCUCGUGAAGCACGGCUUCAUGGUAUGGGACCUAGGCAUGCAUCUCGAUUACAAAACGGACUUGGGGGCGGAUCUCAUAAUGGGCGACGACUGGAUGCGGAUUAUGGAGGAAGCCUCCAACCCCAGGACAGACCACCCGUCGGACAACGCUGCUGAAAGGGAGGAUAACGUGCCCUGGUUCUUUAAGUGUCUAUGUGAAGAUCUUCUGCAACCUUACAGGUGA